GGAUGUGCAUUAGUGAGCUCUGAGCACUCUUCUGUAUCUUUUUUUCCUCACUAGAUAUUAUUAUCUCUUUUUGAUCACCUGAAGAACUUCGUUAAUGAAAUACAAGAUCUUUUGCUCUAAUGUAGUACAACUCAGCUGACUUUAGACUUGUAAGAAAGAUCCUAAGAGUUUUCACAAGAAGCUGGAGAACAUGAGACCAUCAUAUAAACAUUACUUGCACUUCCAAGGACCUUUGUUUGUAAUCUGCAUGGAACCUUUAAAUUGAAGUUUUUCUUUCCAUCUAGUGAUCCUGUUUUGAGCUGAAAGAAUGGUCUACACUUCGUCUGACUGUAUGGAUCCACCAGGGGAAGGGGGCCUACUGACAUCAGAGGAUGGAAGGGGAGAUAAAACUUUAAGGUGAAUAUCUGAUCCUCCGUCUUGGCUGUAGUGCUGAAGGACAGCGGCAGAAGCUGGACUCAGAGAUGAACUUUGCAAGAGACUCAUUUAUCCUAAAUGUUGGGGGUGCUAGGUAUUACUUUACCCAAGAUGUGAUUAAGGAUUUCCCCCUUAGAAGGGUAAGCAGGCUUCACAGCUGUUCCUCUGAGAAGGAUGUUUUGGAGGUCUGUGAUGAUUACGACCAGGAGAGGAAUGAGUAUUUUUUUGAUAGACACUCAGAAGCUUUUGGCUUCAUCAUGAUGUAUGUGAAGUAUGGGAAACUGAGGUUUGUACCCCACAUGUGCGAGCUUUCUUUUUAUAAUGAGAUGAUAUAUUGGGGUUUGGAAUGUUCUCACCUGGAAUACUGUUGCCAGAGAAGACUUGAUGAUCGGAUGUCAGACACUUACACCUACCUGUCUGAUGAGAGUAAGCCAGACAAGAGUACAAGCAAAGAUGAGGUCGAGGAGACAGGAGACAAGAAGUGGCUGGAGAGAAUGAGGAUGACUUUUGAGGAGCCCACCUCGUCCCUGGCAGCUCAGAUCCUGGCUGUGGUGUCAAUCCUUUUUGUCAUCGUGUCCAUGGUUGUCCUGUGUGCCAGCACAUUGCCAGACUGGAAGACAGCAGAGAACAGGAGCGUGGAGGAGCACAGGUAUACCGACAGUCUGUGGGAACCAUCGGGGAUAAUUGAAGCUAUCUGCAUAGGAUGGUUCACGGCGGAGUGCAUCGUGAGGUUCAUUGUAUCCAGGAAUAAAUGUGAAUUUGUGAAGAGACCUUUAAACAUUAUCGACUUAUUGGCAAUUAGCCCUUACUAUGUUUCUGUUUUCAUGACCAUUUUAACGGGAGAAAACCCCCAACUGCAGAGAGCCGGCGUAACCCUUAGGGUUUUGCGGAUGAUGAGAAUAUUUUGGGUCAUAAAACUCGCAAGGCACUUCAUUGGCCUACAGACGCUUGGAUUAACCCUAAAAAGGUGUUACCGGGAGAUGGUCAUGCUGCUCGUGUUUAUCUGUGUUGCGAUGGCAAUUUUUGGAGCACUCGCACAACUCCUAGAACACGGAUUGGACCUCGAAACAAAAAACGAGGAUUACGCGAGUAUUCCGGCGGCCUGCUGGUGGGUGAUUAUUUCAAUGACCACAGUAGGUUACGGUGACAUGUACCCAAUCUCGAUCCCCGGUAGAAUACUCGGAGGAGUAUGUGUAGUCAGUGGGAUUGUUUUACUGGCAUUACCUAUAACUUUCAUUUAUCACAGUUUCGUGCAGUGUUAUCAUGAAUUGAAGUAUAAAACAGCCAGAUAUGGGCGGAGCCUAUCAAACGAAUUUCUCAAUUAAUAUUAAAGAAGUAUGGAGGACAUUCGCUUUGUAACUUAAACUGCACAAUAAAGACCUAAUCUUAUACGUCAUUGCCAUGUCAUGUCAAGUCGUCACUGCAGGAAAAUGAUCAAAAUUAUUACUCCUAUUAUUAACCGUUCAAGUGCCAGAGGGAGUGGGAAAGGUAAUACGCAACGUAAGAGAAACAAAAUAUUUUUUUAUAAAAAUACAGUCCUACACCGGUACAAUAUUAAAGUUUGAAAUUCCUAAUACUAAAAUGCCUGACAAUUAGCCUUUUCAAUGCUAGAGGGCCCAGGCAAAGGACCUUUGCUGUUUUGCAUUACGUGCGAUAAGGAAUAGAAAAUACAAUUAUGGGAAAAAAACUAAACCAUUCAGCUUUAGAUUUCUAAUAUUGCAGAAUAAAUAUAUUUAAAAUG